UGUAUUUCAACACAACCCAGUUGUGAAAUGGAUAGAGACGUCGUGAACCUUAUAAAGUUACUCCUUUUCUUCGGUUCUGCUGUUGGGGCCAGUUCCUCAUCGUGCUUCACUGAUGGAUGUCGACAUGGAAACGGUGGACUAAGAUGUCAGUCUUGCUACGUUGGUUGCUAUGGAGCAAACUGCACCAUCCCAUGUAAUGACAACUGUCACACAGACGGGUGUAACAGAAUCACUGGCGAAUGUUUCACAUGCAAGCCAGGAUAUUAUGGACGAGACUGCAAUGUGUUCUGUCCGAGAAGAUGUUCGAGCAUCACAACGGUCACGACUAUCUGUGACCGCCAUACUGGUGCCUGUUCGGAAACCUGUGAUGGAGGAUUGACUGGUGAACACUGCAAGGAUCAAGUCUGUAACAAAGAAACAGGCCAAUGUAUCCUUGGAUGUCAGAAAAAUUGGACAGGAGAGUACUGCAACAGAACAUGUGAUACUUGUCUCAAUACAAGAUGCAGCUGGACCGGAUACUGUCUCCAUGGUUGCAAGCCGGGUUUCUAUGGAAACAUGUGCGACAAAACGUGCCCUCGAUGUUGGACCUCUGGUUGUGACAGAGGAUCAGGUAUAUGUGAAGAGUGUAGCCCAGGGUAUCAUGGAAGACACUGUAACAACAACUGUUCUGAAACAUGCUACAGAGGCAGGGAUGGGCACAGGCACUGCGAUCGUUAUACCGGUAACUGUCUGGAGGGUUGUGUAGUAGGAUGGCACGGUCAUCGUUGCGCCACUCGGUGCAGCACCUCCUGCAACUCGUCUCGUUGUUACAGCCAUGAUGAUGCCUGUUUAGAUGGCUGUAAGUCUGGUUGGCAUGGCAAACACUGUCUGACACCGUGCAGUACAACGUGCAAGGAAUCACUGUGUGCCAGUCAAGAUGGUUCGUGUACCCACGGCUGUGUAAGGGGUUACCAUGGAAAUCACUGCCACAGGAAAUGUAUCAAUUGUACAAAUGGUGAAUGUGACCAGUAUGGGAGAUGCAGAUUUUGUCAAGACGGAUGGAGAGGAGAGAAUUGCGGACUCCGAUGUCCCAGCGGCUGCCACGCAUGUGAUGAUGAUGGCGUCUGUAUGUCUAACAGUGUUACCAAGAGAGUGUCGGAUCCUACAGACGACUCACACAAUGCUGGUGACACAGACACAUCAUCAGGAUCAAGCGGCUCACACACCUACACAUAUACUUUGUUUUCCUUCCUUCUUGUUAUGCACAUGACUCAAAUCGAGUGUUAUUAACAGAGGCAUGUUAACUUGGC